AUGUAUUCCGGGCAGCCGGCCGCUACGACCACUGGACACCGCGACGGCAAGACACUGGGCUUCGAGAGGCUCAUUCAGUUCCUUCAGAGCACGCGGGAGUUGAAGGCCAAGGCUUUGGCCUUGGGAGAGGAGUUGAGUGCCAUGCGCAUGGAGCGGGCCUCCUAUGGGCAGAUGGCCAAUGUCGCGAAGCACCGAGAAAAGCGCCUGGGUGAGCUGCGCCGUUUCUUUCACGGCGACCUCUCCCCCGAGGAUCGUGCGGAGGUCAUCAAGUUCCUCACCGUCAUCAACACGGAGAUUAUCGCGGCGAAGGCCAUGUUCCUGGCGUAUUCCGAUCCCUUUGAGAAGUACCGGGCAUUGCUUUUUGAGUAUGCCCACACCCUGGGCCACGGCGUGGAGGGACUUCUGGACGGGGAUGGCUUCCUCGCGCACCAGGGGCUGCUCUACACCUUCAACCGCUUCGGCGGUUACGAUUUCGCUCCGCUGCGCCGCCUAUGCGACCAGCUAGCAGUCUCCAAGGAGGAAUUCUGCGAAGGAGUCCUCCAGGUCGUAAGGCGAGACAACAAGCGCGGAUACUGCAAGUGCAGAGAAGACAGCAGCGUGGACCAGCUGGUGCGACAACGCCCUGGCUGCCUGCUUCGGAGCUCGGACCCCGAUGCCGAGCUCAGAUACCUUGUGGAGGUCACCGAAGACUCUCAGCGCGAAGUCCUCGAAAGGGCCUUCGAUUGUGAGUUCGACAAGGUGGCCGUUCUGAAGGGCGACCAGCUUCACCUGGUGAAGAGAUCAGAGGGCAGCCUCCAAGUGGACCAGACGAAGACUGCCUCAGCGUUGCGGGGGCUCAUCGCCAGCCUCUACACAGAAGAGGAUUAA